UGAGUCACUCCUCUUCCGGUCACUCUUCACUUACGUGGCUGUUUUGCUCCUUUUGCGGUCUGACAAAUUUUGUCUUCACCUGUCACACGAUGGAGCUGGAAGCCAUGACUAGAUACACCAGUCCAGUGAACCCUGCAGUGUUUCCUCACCUCACUGUAGUACUGAUGGCCAUCGGCAUGUUCUUCACCGCCUGGUUCUUUGUAUAUGAAGUGACGUCCACGAAGUACACGCGAGAUCUGUACAAAGAGCUGCUGAUUUCUCUGGUGGCUUCGCUCUUCAUGGGCUUCGGCGUUCUGUUCCUCUUACUGUGGGUCGGCAUUUAUGUCUGAAAGUUGUGGGAUGACAUGUACAGGAAAACAUUCCAAGGUGAUCAGAAGGUGUUUUCUGGGACUUCAGGCUUCAGCACAGAAGCGCUGGGGGUUUGCACUGGCAUGAUGGGAUUGUGGCUUAAUAUUUCACAAAUAAAACUUGUUUUUGUUAGAAAAUCAAAAA